CAGUUCCUUACGGGGCUAAAUGAUGGUUAUGCUCAGGCGAGGUCUCAAAUCUUAAUGAUGAGUCCUGAACCUAGUGUGAAUCAGGCGUAUGCUAUGAUUAUACAGGAUGAAAGCCAAAAUAUGCUUGUUGGAGGUAAUUGUGUUGUUGCAGGUUGAAUGGAACCCUCAGCUUUUUAUGCUACAGAAAAGGAUGCCACAGCUAUGUAUUCAACCAGAAGUUCAGGACCAGGACAAUCAUCUGGUUCGGGAGGUCAUCAAUAUCAGAGGAAACAUUGUGAUUUCUGCAAUAUGAAGGGUCAUACUAGGGCUGAUUGUUACAAAUUGCAGAAGUGUGAACAUUGCUUGCAGAAGGGACAUGUUAAGGAGAAUUGCUAUAAACUAAUUGGCUAUCCAGAGAACUUCAAAGGAAAGAAAAGAGCCAAUGUUGCCACACAUCCUCUUGCAGGGUUAAACUUAGGAUAUAAUCAUGGGCCUCAAGCUACAGAACAUGGUGUGGGAGUAGGACCUGCACCUGCUCUUACUCAGCAUCAGUACAAUCAGAUUGUCCAAAUGUUGAACAAAUGCUCCAUAGGUGAUACAGGUGCAAACAUGGGAGGAAAUUCCAACUAUGCUGCUAACACUGCAAGUGCUAACACUGCAGGUACAUCCUUCUCUCAUAUUGAUGAUAGUGUGAAAUGGGUUGUUGAUACUGGAGCCACUAAUCAUAUGAUAGGUGAUAAGUCUGUGUUACACACUGGUACAUCAAUAGAUGAUGCAGGGAAGGUUCAAUUACCAACAGGAGAAUCUGCAAAUAUAUCUCACAUAGGGAACUGUCAAUUGUCAGGAGGUGAUUUCAUUAAGAAUGUGUUGUGUGUGCCAACAUUUAAAUUCAAUCUUUUGUCUGUGUCCAAGCUGACAAAAGAAUUGCAAUGUUGCGCUGUGUUCUUCCCUGAUUUUUGUUUAUUUCAGGAUCUCUCAUCUGGGAAGGUGAGGGAGAUUGGUAAGGAACAAGAUGGAUUAUAUGUAAUGUACUAAAAAAGGAGGACGAGAAACAUCACACAUCAGAAAUCUUUGGCAGUACAAAAGGAGGUUGAUGCAGCAUUAUGGCAUAGAAGGAUGGGACAUGCUCCCAUGUCAGUUUUAAGAAGAAUUACAGCUUUUCAGAAUAAAUC